AUGAAAUUAUUAUUGAUCUUGUGUUUCUUUGCAUUCGCCACGUUUUGCUUUGCUUAUCCUCAGCAAUAUUCGCGAGGUUGCAUCUACGUUGAAGGAAGAUGCUACGAAGGAUGCGAAGAAGGAACCCAUGGUUACACACCAGGAUGUGGUCCUAUAAUUCCAGAAGCGACUUGUGACGAGCCACAUCCUAAGAUCGUUGCCAUUUGUGUUCUGGCGCUGGUCGCAUUAUCGUCUACUAAACCUCAACUGCAUCCGCGCGGUUGCAUCACUGUAUUGAGAAAAUGCCAACGUGAGUGCGAAGAAGGGACUCACGCGUAUGCACCGGGUUGCGGGCCUAAGACUUCGGAAGCGACUUGUGAAGAACCGAAUCCUAAAGAAGAGAGAGUUAUAAUUUGCGACUACUCAGCUUGCUACUGCGACCCACCAACUGUUAGAGAUACUGUCAGUGGAAAGUGCGUCACCCUUGAUCAGUGCCCUAAAAAAUGA